AUUGCCUAAAAUAUCAUGCUAAAUCUUAUGAGAUUUUAGUUUUUUUCCAUUUAUGUUUUAAAAUUAUUAGUAUAUUUUCUAAAUAACAUAAGAUGACUGUAAUGCAGUUAACGUUAGCUAUUAUAAAGCCUCAUAUUAUCAAAAAUCCGUUUUCUCUCGACGGUAUAAGAAAUCAUAUUAUUUCUUCAAAGUUUAAAAUUAUUAAAUCCAAGAGAAAAUAUAUUACAUUAAAAGAAGCAGAACAUUUUUAUGAAGAGCAUAAACAUAAGUUCUUUUACAACAGACUGGUGACAUUUAUGACGAGUGGAGAAUCAGAUUUAUAUAUUCUUGCGAAAGAGAAUGCCAUUAAGGACUGGCGAGCUUUAAUGGGACCUACUAAGGUUUAUAAAGCUCAGUUUGAGGCAUCUAAUUCUAUACGUGGUAAAUAUGGUCUGACUGAUACGAGAAAUGCUACCCAUGGUUCAGACUCUCCCGAGACCGCUAAAAGAGAAAUAGAACUUUUUUUUCCAGAGUUUGAUUAUGAAAAAUGGUUUCGAGAUGAACAGUUUCAGUUUCUUAAGAAUGAUAUUAAAUUUGAUAAAGAAAAUUUUGUACACACCAUAGGCAAUAAUUAGAUAACUACUGAAAUAUAUAUCUUGUUAAAAUAAAUUUAUUACUCAC